GGCGUGGCAGGAUUUACUGUUCAAAAACGCAGUCCCACUUCCCACUACUCUACAAAUUGUAAGAGAGAGAAAGAGAGGGUACUAUGGUUAUGUCUUAAAUUGAGGUUGCAGAGGGGUGCUUGCAGGGGCUGAUGGCGGCGUUUGCAGGGCUGUGACUUUAAUGCAUCCACAUCAAAAUCUAAGACAAACGAAUUCAAUUCAACUCAUAACAAACAACUAUCUAGAGAGAGAGAGAGCGAAUCCUCGCCUUCUAUCUCCCAAAUUCCACCCCAGUUUUUCUUACCCUAAAUUUCGUUUCUGUAGAAAGCUGCAAACAAGAGAACAAACUCCAAAAAACACAAAUACACACCCCAACACAGACUGUCAGUCCCGAACAAUUAGUGGAGUAUAUAUUAAUUUGUGGUAAAUUAAACUAGCUAGUCGAGCACGAGAUAGUAAAGAGCAAAUUUACCAUUUAACCCACACACAAAAGACAGGCUUUUAAUAAUCGCAUAUAGGCGGGGGUUUGCUAUGGAUUAUCUCUCAAAAUUGAGCAUAAAAGUAGGGUGUAGGGGCGGAAAAUGUCUGGGUUUUUCUCACUAGGCGGCAAAGAGCAGCAGCAACAAGAUCCGGAAACGGACACCAAUAAUAGCCUGUUCGUGUUCAAGAACCAAGAGAUCUAUAACAAGGGUUUCGAGCUAUGGCAGCAGUACUAUCAACUCCACCACCAACGCCUCCAGCACGAUGUCAAGGAUACUACUACUGCUGCUGCUGAUGAAAGCUCCACCUACAGAUCAGCAUCAUCAGGGCUGAGAGAGAUGCGCCAGGGCAGAAGCGGAGCCGAAGGGAUCAACUGCCAAGAUUGCGGCAACCAAGCCAAGAAAGACUGCGUGCAUCUCAGGUGCAGGACUUGCUGCAAGAGCCGCGGCUUCGACUGCCAAACCCACGUCAAGAGCACCUGGGUCCCCGCCGCCAAGCGCCGUGAGCGCCUCCACCACCAGCUCGCCCUCGGAGGAGGAGACAAUCCCAAGCGGAUCAGAGAGAUUAACCACGGCGCUGCUUCUGCCUCUACUCUUGCUUGCACCACUUCGCGCUUGCCCUCUUCCACGUCAGGGUUUGAGCUGGGACACUUUCCAGCAGAAGUAAACUCUCCGGCGGUUUUCCGGUGCGUUAGAGUGAGCGCGGUGGACGACGCUGAGGAGCAUUUCGCUUAUCAGACGGCUCUCAACAUCGGCGGUCAUGUUUUCAAGGGGAUUCUGUACGAUCAAGGCUGUUACGGCGGUGGCGAGAGUUCCUCCGGCUCUCAACAGCAGCAGCCCCUUGAUCUCAUCGCCGCCGCGGCAGCCAGCUCCUCCGCCGUUGCCGCCACCACUAGUAGCCAGCAUAUCACGAUGCUCGACCCUUCGGUUUAUCCAACUCCGCUCAGCGCUUUCAUGGCGGGUACGCAGUUCUUCCCUCCACCAAGACCUUGAAAGGGACUUUUGAGGGAUUUAUUUUCCUUUUACUCUGAAAAUUGAGGAGAACAUUCGAUAUUGGUAGUGUUUUAAUCCUAUCUCAUUGAAGAAAGCAAUGCCUUUGGAUCCUUCUUAUUGUUUAUUUUUGUUGGGAUUUCAAUUAUGAUUGAACUUGUUAUUUAUCAUUA